AUGCCUCUUAAUGACUGGAGAGUCACUUAUGAUGAGCUCAUGAAGAGAAAAACCGAGGAUGAUAGGUUGGAUGAUCAUCAACGAAGAAGGGACCGAGUCCGGUGUAGAGUGCUAGCAGCUGAGGAGAAACUUCAAUCUCGAGCCGAUGGUUUACCCUCUGACUCUGAUGCUUCGAAAGAUGAACCCGUGGAGAUCGAGAGACUGGUCAAAUCUAACCUUGAAGCUGAGCGUAAAGAAGAAGAGUACCAGGACUCAUUAUACAGCGAUCCUGAUAUUCAUCCAGACUUCGUCAAUGGCCCUGAUAGUGAUUCCGACGAAGAGCUCGAAGAGGAUUCCGCAAAAGACGAUGAUGAUGAAUAUGAUAAUUCUGACAGAUCUGAUGGCCCCGAUGAAUCUGAUGAGUAG